ACUAUUGUUCGGUUGCCACGUGAAAUUCCCCUUGAUAACAAGCACUUAUCAGCAAAGAGAGCCCAUAUCUAAAACAUACCGUGAAUCUAAAAGGAAAAUGCACAUAAACCUUCCUUUGUGAACUAAAAGUGGAGUCUUAACAUUUAGAAUCUUCCUGGCCAAAAUGGGAAAGAGUGAAGGCGGAAAUCCGAGAGAAAAACGGAGUAGCAAAACUAAAGAUGGCGGAUCGAACGAUGAUUCGAAAACGUCCUACAAGAACUUUGCUUUUCUCUGCCUGAUGGUUCUGCCUCCCCUUUUCUGGCUUACAGCUGUCGGUGGUGAUGUUAUUUCCAAUGUUGGUACUGUACUUAGAAAUCAUUCGAAGAUUCUAUCAGUGAUCGGGCUCACUGUGAUUACAAUCAUUUCGGGAUAUUUCUUCAAACCGCUUAGAAGGGUUUCAAAACUAUUGAUCUUUGCGUUUCUUCUGGCGCUUCUUCUUCCCACUUUUCAAAUAUAUCUAUGCUCUCCUCUGGAAAUCAAGAACGAAAAUAUCGGAACGCAAUACAGCUUGAAAACGACUGCGUCCGAAUUUCUUCAGCAAGUUUGUGAAGAAGUUUGCUUGAACAACUCUAGGAUCCCAUCGUCGUACUCCUUAACCUUGUUUACGCCUCGAGUUUCGCUUCGCGUAAAGUUCAGCCAAAUCGUAGAUUUGAAUAUAACGUCGUCGUCAAUGGUCGGCGAUGAGAAAGUCCCCUUGGCAAAAGUUGUGCUACUGAAGUCAUGGCGAAGCGUGAAAGGGAAAUACUUUGGUCUCCAUAUCAUAACAAGAGUACCAGUGAAGAUUAAAAAAUUUCAAGAAAGCCUGACUGCUAAGAAAGGAAUGCUCUUGUCAGGGAGAGUGGCAAAUAUCCCUUCAGAUCUAAAGAACCUUCGUAGUGAAUUGGAAAAGCAAAGACAUUUUAUACGACCGUUUGUUUUGGAAGUCUUCAGGGCAACACCAAUUGAAGAAUGAACAGUGUAAGGAUUUAAUUAAAACCUUUUCACUACCGAGAUCUCAGUGAUAAUUCUCCUUAGUGUCUGUCAUACAGUUCUUAUGAUAUUAGUGCAAAGAAUCAAGCAUUGAAUCAACUACUAAUCUGCUAGUGAAUAUUUUUCUUGAUUCUCAUCACUUGUCUACUUGAUAUUGUGUUGAUAUUGUAAGGAGAAAUUCUGUCUUGAUCACUCAUGGGAGAUAAAGGUUAAGCCUAAGCUGUGAUGUCACAUGUGAGUUAGUGAAUUCCCAGUUGAUCAGAAAUUUCAUUUUUUUUUCCCUCAAGGAAAUGAAAUGGAAGUGGUUGAGAUAUAGAAGUGGUUGAGAUAUUGAAAAGUGUGCAAUUGCUUGAUUUUUUUUCCUGUGAUCUCAAAACCUGGCUCUAGACUAAAACUUCAACAGCUUGCCUAAAACAGACACCUUAUUUGGCAUGAUAGAUUUCCCGACCAAUAGUUAUUAAAAUUAAUAUUUUAACUCUGGUUUGACUGUUUAAUGUACAAAGUAAAAGUUCUAACGGUGACUUUUAUAUUCAGGAACUUAACAGCUAUUUUAUUCAUUGGAUGAUUUGGUUACAUCAGCUGACUUAGUAAUGUAAACUGACCACUGCAAAGAGUCUCUUAACAGAACUUGACACUAACUUUUCAACUUACUAACCAAGUGGCUAGUGAUAACUGAGAUGUUACAACAAUUUCAGUUUGUUUACUAGCCAAACUGGCUGUUGAAAAUCAAAAACCACAAGCCAAAACUGAAUUUCUACUAGUCCGUGGCUAGAUGGCUACCGCUAUAUCUAUGAAUAAUGAACUAUUGCUUAACUUAACGACUGUAUCUUAAUUUAAAAUCAACAUUAUCAUAUAGAGGUCCUGUCAAAAGCUCAUCAAUUGUUUGCCAUGGGAGCACCAUGUGAGUGCUUUUGUGGUCAGUAAUGUGGUUUACAGGUUUACUGGAUUCAAAGUGUGACCAACUCUUAGCCACUUUGUUUUCAGUAUCUUUUCUUUGCUUGGUUUUUCCUAGUCUCCUUCGCAGCCAUUGUUUGGCUUGUCACGCAAAACUCCCUCCCCCACCAACGGUGGAGACUAGGAUUUUCCUUGACUUUUAAUUUUUUUAUUUUCCCGUAAUAUUCCUGGGCUGGGUUGUUCAGAGCUGGGUUAUAAGACAACCCAGGAUUAGUGUGAAAUCUGUUUCAGAAAAUUCAAUAUAAUUCUUUUAGUCUAGAAUCUUAUUAUGCAAAUUAUCUCAAAAAGGCUUUGAACAAAGGAAUGAAGAAACCAGGAUUAAAAUUUAACCCUGGGUUUGGGCAAAUUGACCUUUGAACAACUUGGCCCAGAUUGUUUCCUUUUAUAGAUCAUUAUUUCCUGAAGACACUGAACCUACAGAGCCUGUCCAUUGUUACAACUUAUUUUAUUUGUUUUAGGACCCAGUUGUUAAAUUUCAUAUUACAGAAUUGAACUCUUUUGCUCUGAGUGUUAGUGCGGCAUUCCCAUUUAUGAUCCCAAUUACAGUUUUGUGUUUAGUA